AUGCUUGUAGUAGUAGUCACUGAUCCUCCGCAGUUAUCACCAAAUGUCUCAUCGGAGGCACAUGGAGGACCGCCUUACGCGCCCACGACCGCCCUGGUCGGCGGUGUGCCCACCGUGCCCAUCGACGACCCCGUAAGCGCUGUCCUGUUGGCCCUGUUCCUUAUUUCGGCAGCAGCGCACAUGUACAUCUUUCAGACCACAAAGAGGCGCGGGCAUUUGUUCGUCUUCUCCGCCAUGAUGUUCGCCUUCAGCAUGAUCCGAGCAGCGGCGCUGGUCCUCCGCCUCAUCUGGGCCUCAAAUGCGACCAACGUCCGCAUGGCGAUGGCCGCCAACAUCCUGACGCAGGCCGGCACCGUUAUCGUUUUCAUCGUGAACUUGUUCUUCGCCCAGCGUAUCCUCCGAGCGUACCACCCACAUUUCGGUUGGUCAACACCGGCCCGCGUCAUCUUCCGUUUCCUGAUCGGUUGUGUGAUUGGGUGUCUCAUCAUGGUGAUCGCUGUGACGGUCCAAUCCUUUUACACAUUAGAUGGGCCGACACGGGACGCAGAUCGCAAGGUCCAGCUGUUCGCUGGGACAUAUCUGGCGGUACUGGCUUUCCUGCCCAUUCCCGUCACCCUGUUAGCAGCCACGAUCUCCAGCAAGUUCCAGGUCGAGAAGUUUGGCGAGGGUCCUUGGAGGACCAAGCUCGUUCUUCUUGUUGUUGCUUCUAUGCUGCUCACUGCUGGCGCCGGCUUUCGCGUCGGCACAAACUUCUCCCCGCGGCCCAUGAAUAAUCCGGCGUGGUAUCAUACCCGCGCGCCAUACUAUGUUUUCAAUUUCGGAGUGGACCUGAUCGUCAGCUACUUGUAUAUCAUUGCCGGUGUCCACCGCCGCUUCUUCGUGCCCAACGGUGCCAAGGGCCCCGGGUCGUACAUGGCCACCUUGUCCGAGAAGGAAUCGUCGUCGUCUUCCUCUAUCCGGAAGUCCAGAUCCAAGAGAAAGAAGCAAGGCACUGGAGAGGGAGCAGCGAGGUCUUCUAUCACAAAGGAGAGACAUCCCUACGCAGACUCGGCUUGGGAUCUCAAGAAGGAUGGGACCACAAAGCACUACAGCAGCGGCGCACACAAGGGCAAAGGCAAGGGAACUCGGGGCCAACUUCCCAACGACAGUCAAGGCACCUUUGUCAGUGGUGAUCAAAACCCGGAUAUACCACACCCACCCUCGCUAUUCACCCGCGGCCUGCGGUACCCCGACCUCGCCGGCGGCGAUGCGUAUAGCCCGGCGUCGCAUUUCAGCGGCUCGGCCGGCUCGCGCACCGAGUACGGUGGCGAGAGCGCUGCCACCACGGACAUUGACCUUGAGAGCCAGAUGGGCUCGGAGCGUGGCGGCAUCGUGCUGGCCGACAUGCUGGACAAGAUGGGCCGCGCCAACAUGGCCGGGCCUGGCAGCUCCGGCACCGGCAGCGUGACCCUCGCCGGCGCCUACACAGACGCGUCGGGCGAGAGGGCCCGCGGGUACAGCCGCAGCAGCCGGGGCAGCGCGACGCUCCGGACGUGGGGGUGCGAGGGCCUGCGGCUGGCGCCACGCAACGUGGCCGAGCUCGAGGGCGGCGGCGGCGGCAGCAGCAGCAAUACGCAGGCGGGGCCGGCGGCCGACGGCAACGAGGCCAACGCCCACCGCGAGCACACGCCGCUCAGCUCCAACGCGAGCGACAGCGACGACGAGUCCCACGUCCGCGGCCCCGACCAGGGCAGCGACGAGGUCGAGAUGCGCCGCGCCGCGGGUGUCGGCGUCGCCAGCCCCCGCCGCCUCAGCCACGGCGACCGCCGGAGGAGCGGCAGCGCCGCGGGCAGGUUCAGCGCCGACGGCCGCACCUUCACGUUCCGCACGGCGCGCGAGAGCCUCGGGCCGCCCCCAGGGCGACGGUCCGAGGGCAGCCGGGGCCGCAGGGGGAGCCACUCGUGA